AUGGCUGUGGGAAUGCAAGUCACAAAGUCCAAACAAAAAAUGGCUCCAGAAAAGGAGCGGUUCUUGCAAUGCUGUGGUGACAUUUCUAUGGAACUGGUGGCUUCUCUUAAGAACUCAAAAGAUAUUCAUUUGAAUGGUUUGAUAACCAGAUACUCUAAAAAAUACAAAUUGAAACAACAACCAAGACUCACGGACAUUAUCUCAUCCAUUCCAGAUCAAUACAAGAAGUAUCUAAUUCCUAAAUUGAAGGCCAAACCUGUUAGAACUGCCUCCGGUAUUGCUGUCGUUGCAGUAAUGUGCAAACCUCAUCGCUGUCCUCAUAUUGCUUACACUGGUAACAUUUGUGUUUACUGUCCUGGUGGUCCGGAUUCUGACUUUGAAUACAGUACACAAUCAUACACAGGUUACGAGCCAACAUCAAUGAGGGCCAUCAGAGCUCGUUAUGAUCCAUACGAGCAGGCUCGUGGUAGAAUCGAACAGUUACGUCAGCUAGGACACUCGAUAGACAAAGUUGAGUAUAUUAUAAUGGGAGGUACUUUCAUGUCCUUACCUGUAGAUUACAGAGAGGGAUUUAUAACCCAACUACAUAAUGCUCUUACGGGCUACAAUGGGAAGGAUAUCGACGAGGCAAUAAAGUUUUCACAGCAAUCACUUACCAAAUGUGUGGGGAUUACAAUUGAAACCAGACCAGACUACUGUACAGAAACCCAUCUUAGCGACAUGUUAAAAUACGGGUGCACCCGUUUGGAGAUUGGUGUUCAAUCUGUUUAUGAAGAUGUUGCACGCGAUACUAACAGAGGUCACACCGUCAAAGCUGUAUGUGAAACCUUCGGUUACUCCAAAGAUGCUGGGUAUAAGGUUGUCAGCCAUAUGAUGCCUGAUCUGCCCAACGUCGGCAUGGAAAGAGAUUUAGAACAGUUCAAAGAGUACUUUGAAAGCCCAGCUUUUAGGACGGAUGGGCUUAAGCUGUAUCCAACUUUGGUCAUUCGGGGAACUGGUCUCUAUGAACUUUGGAAGACUGGACGUUACAGAUCUUACAACGCCAAUGCCCUUAUUGAUCUAGUGGCUAGGAUUAUGGCAUUAGUUCCUCCUUGGACCCGUAUUUACAGAGUUCAAAGAGAUAUUCCUAUGCCUUUGGUGACGAGUGGUGUUGAGAAUGGAAAUCUUCGUGAAUUGGCUCUUGCUCGUAUGAAAGACUUUGGUACUUCAUGUCGUGAUGUCAGAACGAGAGAAGUCGGAAUACAGGAAGUGCAUCAUAAAGUGCAGCCAGAUCAAGUGGAAUUAAUAAGAAGAGAUUACUACGCCAAUGGAGGUUGGGAAACUUUCCUUAGUUACGAGGACCCAAAGCAAGAUAUUCUUAUUGGUUUACUGAGAUUAAGAAAGUGCUCUAAGAAGUACACCUUCAGAAAAGAGUUUACCAGUCAACCAACGUCUGUUGUCAGAGAGCUGCAUGUCUAUGGGUCUGUAGUCCCGCUACAUUCAAGAGACCCAAGAAAGUUCCAACAUCAGGGUUUCGGCACUCUGCUGAUGGAAGAGGCAGCACGUAUUGCCAAAGAGGAACACGGUUCUGAAAAGCUCAGUGUUAUUAGUGGAGUCGGCGUUAGAAACUACUACGCUCGUCUAGGUUACACUUUGGAUGGCCCAUAUAUGUCCAAAUCAUUGAUAGACUAA